GUGAGGAGGAAGCGGCCGCGGCAGCGACGCCUGCGUCCCGCGCGUACCCCCUCUCGGCGCGCCGGCCCCCUCCUCCGCGCGGCGCGGCCACCAUCUUCCCUCGCUGCCUGAGGUAGCGCUCGUCGGCGGAGCUGGGCUGAAAGACACACAGAAGUCUUCAUGGAUAUAGUUGAUACAUUUAAUCAUUUAAUUCCUACUGAACACUUAGAUGAUGCCCUAUUUCUAGGAUCCAACCUGGAGAAUGAAGUCUGUGAGGAUUUUAGUACAAGUCAAAAUGUCUUAGAGGACUCGCUGAAGAACAUGCUCAGCGAUAAGGAUCCUAUGCUAGGAUCUGCAAGUAACCAGUUCUGUUUGCCUGUUUUGGAUAGCAAUGAUCCCAAUUUCCAGAUGCCUUGUUCAACAGUUGUUGGUCUUGACGAUAUUAUGGAUGAAGGAGUUGUUAAAGAAAGUGGCAAUGAUACCAUUGAUGACGAAGAACUGAUUUUACCUAACAGGAAUUUGAGGGACAAAGUAGAAGAAAAUUCAGUGAGAUCACCAAGAAAAUCACCUCGUUUAAUGGCACAAGAACAAGUAAGAAAUUUGCGACAAAGCACUAUUGCCAAGCGUUCAAAUGCAGCACCUUUAAAUAGCACAAAAAAGGCAUCUGGGAAGACUGUGUCUGCCCCUAAAGUAGGCGUGAAACAACCAGAAAGGUGUCAGAUUAAAGAAGAAGCUGGUACAUCACCGAAACCCGAACACCAAAAAGAGAGCAGAAGGAGCAACCGACACAGUGGACAGGUUGAAGCAGCAGUUUCAUCUUGUCUUGAAAUGAAGGAUGAAGCUGGAUUAGAUUCUGAGCAGAAGUGUAAUAAUCAGGGAGAAGCAAACGUGCCAUCUCAUGAGUUAAAUUGUCCACUCCUUUCAGAGACUUGUAUUAAUAUUGAAGAAAAGAAAAGUGAAACUCUGGAAUGUAAAACCAAGUCUGUUAGCCCAUUAUUUAAGUUUUCAGAUAAAGAAGAAAAUGAACGGAAUGAUUCCAUUUCAGGUAAAAUGAAGGAGACUAUUGUUGAAGAAAUGAAGGCAGAAGAAGUUGAAAAAAAAUCAAAGGAGACAGUUAAAUUACCCCACGAAGAUGACAAUGUCAUUAAGGAACCUGAAUCUUCUGAUGCUUUCUCUGGCAGUGCUGCUUGUACAAACCCAAACAAGACAGAAAAGAACUUUGUCAGUUUGUCUGGUUCUAUGGAUAAAGUAAAUGAAUGUAGUUUGGAAUUGGAAGAUAGCAUGGAAGUUUCUGAUAAAGCUAAGAACUCCCCUCUGUUUCAAAGAAAUGAAAUAGAAAUGGCUUAUUGUAAAGGCACAGAGUCUAAUGAUAAGCAGUUGGAGGGCACCAGAUUUAAUAAAUCAAACUUGGAGAUGGUUAAUACUUUUGAACCAGAAAGUAAUAUUUUAGAAAAUGCUAUUUGUGAUGCACCUGACCAAAAUUCAGAACAGUUGAAUGUUGUUGAAGGUAUUAAAAUGGAAUUUCAUGAAACAGCAACCCUUCAGGAUGAUAGAGAUAGCCAGUCCAGUAGUGUUUCUUCCUUAGAAUCAAAAAACAUAAAAUCUAAACAUACAAAACCUGUAAUUCAUCCCAAGCAAACCUUGACCACGGAUACUCUGAAAAAAGUUGCUACAGCAAAGCAUGAAUUAAUGCAUAACAAAACUAAAGCUAAUGUCAAAAGUGUGAAGCGGAAUGCUGAUGAAUCAGAAUUUAAGCAGAAUUUUCAUAGGCCAGUCAAAGUGAGAAAAAAACAAGUUGAUAAGGAUUUGAAGAUUCAGAGUUGCAUUUCUGGGGUUAAAUCUGUGAAAAAUCAAGCUCAUUCUAUGUUCAAAAAAACAUCACAGGAUCAAAAUUUAGUACAGAUUUCCAAACCCUUAGCUCAUUCUAUGAGUGAUAAACCUCAUGGUCACCCUAGUUGCUCUAAAGAACCUCACCAUCCUGUACAAACUGGACACUCAUUUCAGUCCAGCCAGAAACAGUGCCAUAAGCCCCAGCAGCCGACUCUAGCCGCGAGAACCAAUAGUCAUGUGAAGGAAGAGCUGGAGCAUGCAGGUGGUGGAGAACACUUAAAGGAAGAGGAUAAAUUGAAAUUAAAAAAACCUGAGAAGAACCUACAACCCCGCCAAAGAAGAAGCAGCAAAAGUUUUUCUUUGGAUGAGCCACCGUUGUUCAUUCCAGACAACAUAGCUACUGUAAAAAGGGAAGGCUUAGAUCAUAGCUCUUCAUUCGAAUGCAAAUAUAUCUGGACUCCCAGCAAGCAGUGUGGGUUUUGCAAAAAACCACAUGGCAACAGGUUUAUGGUUGGCUGUGGGAGAUGUGAUGACUGGUUUCAUGGUGAUUGUGUUGGGUUAAGUCUUUCUCAAGCACAGCAAAUGGGAGAGGAAGACAAAGAAUAUGUGUGUGUAAAAUGUUGUGCUGAAGAAGAUAAAAAGACUGAAAUAGCUGAUCCAGAUAUUUUGGGAAACCAGGCUAAAGUUGAAAUCCAUAGUGAAGAUAAAGCAAUGGAAUAUGAAAAGCUUGGGUUUCCAAAGCACACUACAGCAAAUGACAAAACCAAGUAUGUAGAUGAUACAGUGAAGCACAAGGUCAAAAUUUUAAAACGGGAAUCUGGUGAAGGCAAAAACUCAUCAGAAUGUAGGGAUAGUGAAAUUAAAAAAUGGCAGCUAGCACCUUUUCGAAAGAUGGGACAACCAGUGUUACCUCGGAGAUCCUCAGAGGAAAAAAGUGAAAAAAUGACAAAAGAGUCUACAACUGUUAUUUGCACAGGAGAAAAAGCUUCAAAACCAGGUGCUCAUGAGAAGCAAGAGAUAAAGAAGAAGAAAACCGAAAAGGGACUGCCUGGUGUGCAUCCUCCAGCCGUUCCUGCUUCCAAGCCUUCCACAGACCAGAUCCGACAGAGUGUCCGGCAUUCUCUAAAAGACAUUCUUAUGAAAAGACUUACAGACUCAAAUUUGAAGGUACCAGAGGAAAAGGCAGCAAAAGUUGCCACAAAAAUUGAAAAAGAGCUUUUCUCUUUUUUUCGGGACACAGAUGCUAAAUAUAAGAACAAAUAUAGAAGUUUGAUGUUCAAUUUGAAAGAUCCUAAGAACAAUAUAUUAUUUAAAAAAGUGCUGAAAGGAGAAGUAACCCCUGAUCACCUUAUCAGAAUGAGUCCAGAAGAGCUAGCUUCUAAAGAGUUAGCUGCUUGGAGACGAAGAGAAAAUAGACAUACCAUAGAGAUGAUUGAGAAAGAGCAGAGAGAAGUGGAAAGACGACCUAUCACAAAAAUAACACAUAAAGGUGAGAUAGAAAUUGAGAGUGAUGCUCCAAUGAAAGAACAGGAGGCAGCCAUGGAGAUUCAGGAACCUACAGCUAGUAAGUCAAUGGAGAAGACAGAAGGAUCUGAAAAACAAAAAGGAGAGGUUGACUCAAUGUCUAAAGAUACCACUGGUCAACACAGACAGCAUCUUUUUGAUCUUAACUGCAAAAUUUGCAUAGGUCGAAUGGCACCACCUGUAGAUGAUCUUUCUCCAAAAAAAGUGAAAGUUGUUGUUGGUGUAUCUCGUAAACAUUCAGACAAUGAAGCAGAAAGUAUAGCAGAUGCUUUGUCUUCGACCUCAAAUAUUUUGGCCUCUGAAUUCUUUGAAGAGGAGAAACAAGAAUCUCCGAAGUCAACAUUCUCUCCUGCUCCACGUCCAGAGAUGCCUGGAACUGUUGAAGUUGAGUGUACCUUCCUGGCUCGAUUGAACUUCAUCUGGAAAGGUUUUAUCAACAUGCCGUCUGUAGCAAAAUUUGUUACCAAAGCCUACCCAGUAUCUGGUUCCCCUGAAUACUUGACAGAGGACCUACCAGAUAGUAUUCAAGUAGGUGGUAGGAUAUCACCUCAGACAGUUUGGGAUUAUGUGGAAAAAAUUAAAGCCUCAGGAACCAAGGAGAUUUGUGUGGUUCGCUUCACACCUGUGACUGAAGAAGAUCAAAUUUCUUAUACUUUGCUGUUUGCAUACUUCAGUAGCAGGAAGCGCUAUGGAGUGGCCGCUAACAACAUGAAGCAGGUCAAAGACAUGUACCUCAUCCCUCUGGGUGCCACGGAUAAAAUCCCACACCCUCUCGUGCCCUUUGAUGGACCUGGCCUUGAAUUGCAUAGACCUAAUCUGUUGUUGGGCUUAAUUAUUCGUCAAAAACUGAAGCGGCAGCAUAGUGCCAGUGGUGGUGCUGGUCACACAGCUGAGAUGUCUGAAAGCGUACCAGUAACAUUGCCGCCUGAUAAAAAAAGUAAGAUAGAAGUUUCCACAGAGGGAGCAGCAGAGGAAGAAAAUGACUUUUUUAAUUCUUUUACAACCGUAUUGCAUAAACAGAGAAAUAAGCCUCAGCAGACUCUUCAGGAAGACUUUCCAACAGUCAUUGAACCUUUAUUGGAAGUCACCAAACAGGAACCACCAAAACCUUUAAGAUUCCUUCCUGGGGUCUUAAUUGGCUGGGAAAAUCAACCUUCUACUCUGGAAUUGGCAAAUAAACCUCUUCCUGUGGAUGAUAUCCUUCAGAGCCUUUUGGGCACCACUGGUCAAACAUACGAACAAGCUCAGUUAGGGACAGAGCAAAAUACUCUUAAAGAAAUUCCAUUUAUAAAUGAGCAAGCUAAUCCCAAAGCAGGGACGAUAGAUACAGGAGAAGCAACUGAUGGUGAAGCGAAGGAAGUGAAAGUUAAAGGAGAUAACCCUUCAGAAUUGACAGAUAAUGCAGUAGGAGGAGAGGCGUCUGCACUGGGGGUCUCUUCCGUUUCUGCUGGGCCUAUGACAAGUCUUAGUCUCAGAGGUAAACCACCAGAUGUUUCUACAGAAGCAUUCCUAACAAAUCUAUCAAUUCAGUCAAAACAAGAGGAUACUGUGGAGAGUAAAGAGAGAGUGUUAAAAAAACAGCUGCUACAAGAUCAAGAGAAUAAUUUGCAAGAUAACAGGACUUCAAAUACUAGUCCUCCCUGUAGGUCUAGUGUAGGGAGAGGAAACGUAGAUGGUAAUGUGAGUUGCAGUGAAAAUGCUGUUACUAACACGACAAGGGCCCCGCAGUUUAUCAACCUGAAAAGGGAUCCUCGGCAAGCAGCUGGGAGAAGUCAGCAGGUGACUGCUCCGGAAAACAGAGAAGGAGAAGGCUGCCGUCAUGGAGAGAAACCACCUCUUCCUGGCCCAUCGCACUUAACUGAGCAGAGCAGCGUGGAGGAGAAGAUGCCUUCUGUAGAGAAAAGCCCUUGUGUUCAGCAGAGUGACGAUUCAGGGGCUGUACAAGACUCGCCAUCGGUAGAAAACAUACAGUCUUCUCAAGUGGAGCAAGCAAAACCCUUACAGGAGAUUUUAAUGCAAAAUAUUGAAACUGUGCACCCAUUUCGAAGAGGAUCAGCAGCAGCAGCAUCUCAUUUUGAGGUUGGAAACACAUGUCAAUCCGAAUUUCCUUCUAAAAGCAUCAGUUUCACUUCCAGAAGCACCAGCCCCAGAACAGGUGCAAACUUUUCACCCAUAAGACCGCAGCAGCCCAACCUUCAGCAUCUGAAGUCUAGCCCACCUGGGUUUCCAUUUCCAGGACCUCCUAAUUUCCCCCCACAAAGCAUGUUUGGAUUUCCGCCACAUUUGCCACCCCCAUUACUUCCCCCUCCAGGCUUUGGCUUUGCCCCAAAUCCCUUGGUUCCCUGGCCACCUGUUGUUCAUCUGACCGGCCAGCCGCAGCGUGUGAUGGGUCCCCUCUCACAAGCGUCAAGGUAUCUGGCCCCACAGAAUUUUUACCAAGUCAAAGACAUUCGGAGGCCGGAACGGCGCCAUAGUGACCCUUGGGGUAGGCAAGACCAGCAGCAAGUGGACAGACCAUUUAACAGGGGUAAGGGGGAUCGUCAGAGGUUUUACAGUGACUCACACCACCUGAGAAGAGAGCGCCACGAGAAGGAGUGGGAGCAGGAACCUGAAAGGCACAGGCGCAGAGACAGAGCCCAGGACAAGGACAGAGACAGGAAGGGCAGGGACGAGGGGCAUAAGGAUAAAGAGCGGGCGCGGCCGCCUCACGGGGAGCGAGGGGCGGACGGCAGGGCGGGCAGGGAGAGCAGGAGUGCAGACAGGAAGGCCGACAAGCCGAAGGGCGAGGACGCGGAGAAGGAGCGGGAGAAGAGCAAGCACAGAGAGGGCGAGAAGGACCGGGAGCGGCACCACAGAGACAGGGACCACGCCGAGAGAGCCAGGAGCAAGAGGUGAGGCGGCUGCGGGGCGCUCAGCGACUGUCCCUGUCGCGUCUGAACCUGCGUGACUGCCUGCUCGGACCGUGCCGUCCUUUCAGUUUCUAAUAUUGGUGGUUUGCAGAAGAAUAAAUUGUGUGUGUUGGUGCAGAGUGCUCUGUGCCAGUGCUCAUCAUCCCUUCUUCAUACCAACAGCCCUAGUUACAGGAAUUUAAUAUUUUUAAAAAUUUACAUUGCUGUAUAUUCAAAGAUUUGUUUUAUUAAUAUGCAAUAAAGGCUUAGAAAUUUUAGUUUUAUUCCUUAAUUGGUAAAUAUGCUUAACUGUGGAAUAUAUUUACCACCUCUAGUGAAUGUCCUUUCUAUAAUGACUAAUUUGAGAGUAAUGUGUACUCUGUAAGUUUGUUUUAAAUUGCACUGUUUUUAAAGAAACUCUAGAGGAGCAACAAAAAGCCAAACAACUUUGUAAUUAGAUUAUAUUAAUCAUUUCAUUCGGCAGUUUUUGACCAAGAAUCGGAAGCCCAAGGAGUACAUGUAUUGCUUUUAAUCUGCACUCACUGAUGGCGUUUAUUAUUGUGCUACAGCUUUGUGCUAGUCCAUUAUUUUCCCUUUCUUUUUGGCUCUUCAGAAACUUGAAUACUUAAGCUUGUACAUGAUCUUGUGUUUUGCUAUCCUUUUUACUGUAAAAUGUAAAUAUUUUAAGGGAUAUUUUGAUUCCAAAUAUGAUAAAAGAAUUUCUCACCUA